AUGUUCAAACGUAAAUCGAAUUUGCCAGCUACACCUUCACCUCUUUCAUUUAGUGAUAUAUUAUCAGAUUUAACUCGAUUGCAAACUUACAAUCAACAACAAAUUGCAAAAUCUAUAGAAUCUUCAUCUGAUCCAUCAUCACUUAUUGAUCACCUAUUAACUGCGUCAUCUUCUGCUAUUACUUCAAUUCCGCAAGAAACACUUGAUUCUACAUAUAAUCUUUGUACAAACUUUAUACGUGUAAAUGAUCAAUUAUUAGUUUCACGUAAAGAUUUUAAUGGGUUAGGAUUAGAGAUUAAAGGAUUAAAGAAAGAAUUAAACAGUAUGAUAGAAACUUUAGAAAAAUAUGAAGUUAACAAUUAUAAUCUUGAGGAGGAAGAUGUUGUACAUGAAGAAGAUAUAUAG